AUGAGGAACGUUUACCUGCUGCUGAACAGACUUGGUACUUUUUACUUCAUUUGGAUUUCUGCUGCAUAUUGUUCUUUCUCAAAAAAUUGUCAAGACCUAUGUACGAGUAACCUGGAAGGAGAACUUGGAAUUGCUAACCUUUGCAAUGUUAGUGACAUCAAUGUGGCAUGUACACAAGGAUGUCAGUUUUGGAAUGCGACAGUGCAAGUCAAUUGCCCACUGAAAUGUAACAAGACAUACACCAGAGAAUGUGAGACAGUUUCCUGCAAGUUUGGCUGUAGUCGUGCAGAGGAUGCAUAUGGUGUUGAAGCGCAGAACUAUUUGGACAAGCCUGGGGCACCAUUUGCAUCUACCAUUGGAAGCCACCAUAUCACAUUGGGUUGGAAGCCAGCUAAUAUCUCUGAGGUUAAAUAUAUUAUCCAGUGGAAGUUCCAUCAGCUCCCUGGAGAUUGGAGAUACACAGAGGUAGUAUCUGAAACUUCAUAUACAGUCAAGGACCUUCAAGCCUUCACAGAAUAUGAGUUUCGAGUAGUUUGGAUCAUAACCUCUCAGCUGCAGCUCCAUUCUCCAUCAAGUCCCAGUUACCGGACCCAUGCUUCUGGAGUUCCUACUACAGCUCCCAUCAUUAAAGAUAUUCAGAGUUCAAGUCCAAACACUGUUGAAGUUAGUUGGUCUCCACCACUUUUUCCCAAUGGAUUGAUUGUUGGAUACAACUUGGUCCUGACCAGUGAGAAUCAUGAACUGUUGAGAGCAUCAAGAGGGCACAGCUUUCAGUUCUACUCUACCUUCCCAAACAGCACUUACAGGUUCAGUAUUGUAGCUGUUAAUGAGGCUGGAGCUGGACCCCCUGCAGAAGCCAACAUCACAACACCGGAAUCCAAAGUUAAGGAAAAAGCAAAAUGGCUCUUCCUAUCCAGAAACCAGUCUUUAAGGAAAAGAUACACGGAACAUUUCCUUGAAGCAUCCCACUGUUUGCAAAAUGGUAUAAUACACCACAACAUUACAGGAAUUUCUGUGAAUGUUUAUCAGCAAGUUGUCUAUUUUUCUGCGGGGAAUUCCAUCUGGGUGAAAGGAGUAGUGGAUAUGUCUGAUAUAUCUGACCUAACACUCUUUUAUACUGGCUGGGGCAACAUUACAUCAAUCUCAGUAGAUUGGCUUUACCAGAAGAUAUACUUUGUCAUGAAUGAAAAGAUACACGUUUGUCAGUUAGAGAACUGUACAGCAGCUGAAGACAUUACUCCUCUUUAUGUGACAUCUCCUAGGAAGAUUGUAGCUGAUCCCUAUAAUGGGUAUAUUUUCUGUCUUCUGGAGGAUGGUAUAUACAGAGCAAACCUUCCGCUCUUUCUUGACACUGCCUCAGCAGCUUCACCAGUUGUGAGAUCCCACACUUUGAGAGACUUCAUGAUCAACUUCCAGUCUAAGAGACUUAUUUUCUUCAACAAAACAGAACAGACCUUUGUGUCGGGUUUUCUCGAUGGUUCAGAAUUUCACACUCUGCGAUCACACGUGCCACUUGAUGACGUGGAGAGCUUUGUUUAUGAGGAUAACAUAUUUACUGUUACAGAUGGCCGGGCAGUCUUCCAUGAGGAGAUCUCGCAAGUGGAAAGUUCUAGCUUCAACGAGUAUGUUGUAGACUGCAGUUUGGAAUAUCCAGAGUAUUUUGGCUUUGGCAAUUUGCUUUUCUAUGCAGCAUCAACACAGCCUUUUCCUUUACCAACUCUUCCUCGGCUUGUCACAGUGCUAUUUGGAUUAGAUCAAGCAGUGAUCAGCUGGAGUCCACCUGAACACGCUAUUGGAACCAGUUGGUCUGCUUGGCAGAACUGGACCUAUGAUGUGAAAGUGUCAUCUCAAAGUCCUUCUGAGGAGGAAUGGGUUGUCUCAAACAUUACUGACACCAGGUUUACCGUGAAGGAUCUGGUCAACUUCACAGAGUAUGAGAUGUCAGUCAGAGCUGUGUCUCCUGCUGGUGAAGGACCAUGGUCAGAGCCAUUUAGAGGCAUGACCUUUGAAGAAGCUGAAGAAGAACCAUACAUAUUGGCAGUAGGGGCAGAAGGGCUCUGGAAGCAGCGGCUAGAUAGCUACGGGCCAGGAGAAUUCCUCUAUCCUGAUAUUAGAAAUAUUUCAGACCUCGACUGGUAUAAUGACACUCUAUAUUGGAGUAAUUCCAUGGGGAAAGUUCAGACCUGGUCGAUGAAUAAGAAAGAGGGUACCAUUGAGAAUAUUUAUGUGCCUGACAUCAAAAAUGCAAGAAUGCUGGCCUUUGAUUGGCUGGGACAAUGCUUGUAUUGGGCUGGCAAAGCAAAUACGAUAUACAGAAAAUCACUGCUAGGAGGCCAUUUGGAUGUUGUGGCUCAUGUUGUAUAUGUAGUGAAGGAUCUAGUGGUGGAUUCAGUGAAUGGCUAUUUGUAUUGGGCCACAACAUAUACAGUGGAGAGUGCAAGACUGAAUGGAGAGGAGUACCUUAUAUUACAAGAGCAUCUACAGUUUUCUGGCAAACAGGUGGUUGGUUUAGCUUUGGAUCUCACCUCUGGUUUUCUUUACUGGCUUGUGCAAGAUGGUCUGUGCCUAAACCUAUACCGAAUUUCUAUUUGCAAAGAAAGUUGUGGUAAUGUCAUAGUGACAGAAUUCUCAGGAUGGAGUAUUUCAGAAGUAUCUCAGAAUGCACUUCAGUACUACAGUCAUCGUCUGUUCUGGAUUAAUAGGCUUAAAUUCAUUACAACUCAGGAAGUCAACCAGAGUGUUAGUAUUCCCUUUUCAGAACCAGCUGAGUUUACAGCCUUUACCCUUGUUCACACAUCACUUAAACCUCUGCCAGGAAAUUUCUCUUUUACACCAAAAGUGAUUCCAAGUUCAGUACCAGAAUCUUCUUUCAAGAUAAAGGGAAAUUCUUCAAGUUUUCACAUCAUUUGGAGUGCCUCCACAGAUGUGCAAUGGGGAACUGUCUAUUACUGCGUGGGAUCAAAUGUUCUACAAAUGAGGUCUUUGGAGAGUGAACGGUGCCUCCAUCCACAUGACCUGACAGUUCCAUCCUACAAAGUUGAUUGGCUGGAACCAUUUGCACUCUUUGAUUUUAGUGUGACUCCGUACACAUACUGGGGCAAGGCACCAACAACAUCUGUGUACCUUCGAGCCCCUGAAGGAGUUCCUUCAGCCCCUGCAAACCCUAGAAUAUAUGUGUUGCAUAAUAACAUACAUGAAGGUGAAGAGAAAGUCCUUGUGGAGUUCAGAUGGGACAAACCUGAAACGGACAAUGGAGUAUUAACACAAUUCAGAGUUUACUAUCAACUGUUGUAUCAGAGUGGUGCUGCUGAUAGUCUCACGGAGUGGAAUGUGAGCGAUGUCAAACCCACUGUAUUGCUCUUUUCAAUCAGAGAUGUGCUUCCUAGGCUUACAGUAAGGUUUCAGGUGCAAGCUUUUACAUCUGUGGGCCCAGGACGUAUGUCUGAUGUAGUACAGAGGAAUUCAUCAGAUUUUUUCCCUGUCCCAGCACUUAUAACUUCUUCUUUCAACAAGUUGUUUCUUACUGACAUUGACAAUAAUCAUACCAUAUGGGAAGUUCUGACAAAUACAAAUAUAAAGGACAUCUGUUAUACCGCUAAUGAUGAUAAAGUAUAUUACAUCCUAGAAGACUCUCUUUUUCUUCUGAAUGUACAGAGUACUUCAGAGUCUCAGUUUUUCGAAGAUGUAUUUCUUCACAAUGUCACAGCCAUCACAGUAGAUUGGAUUGCAAGACAUCUCUUUGUUGCCCUGAAAACAUCAUGGAAUGAAACUCGAGUAUUUUUUAUUGAUCUGGAGCUCAGGACGAAGUCCUUAAAAGCCUUGAACAUACAGUUGAGUAAACAUAAUUCAACUAUAUCAUCUCUACAGUCAUAUCCUUUUUUAAGCCGCUUGUACUGGAUAGAGGAGCUUGAUCGUGGCAGCCACAUGUUUUAUUAUGAUAUACUGAAUAACACCAUGUACCACAUUUUGGGAUACGAAUCAGUAGAAGAAAAGAUGAGGAACUACUGCAACUGUAACGUGGCAGAAGCAGAGCUAGGAAGACCUAUGAGUAUAGAUGUAUCUGACAUAAAGAAGCCCCAACUGCUGUUUAUCAGAGGAAGAGAUGAAAUAUGGGCCUCAGAUGUGGAUGGUUGUCACUGCUGGAGGAUUACCAAGAUACCAAGUUUUCAAGGUACAAAAAUUGGAAGCUUGACUGUAGAUAACCAAUUUAUAUAUUGGACCAUUGAAACAAAGGAAUACACAGAAAUUUUUCUAGCAAAUAAAGAAAGCACAAGACACUCUCUUCAGAAGAAAGCAAAUAAUGAGCUGAAAAUCUUAGCCUACAGCUCAGCAAUGCAAUCAUAUCCAGAUAAGAGGUGCCUGACUCCAUUACUAGACACUGAGAAACCUACUAUCCUUGAUACAACAAACACUAGUUUUACAUUAAGCUUACCAUCUGUCACAACACAGCAGCUAUGCCCCAGAAUAUCCCAGCCUACACCAACAUAUCUGGUAUUUUUCAGAGAAAUGACUAACAACCACGAGAACUUGACCUACCAUUUCUCUACUCUACAGCAAAAAACUUUGGAAAUUCAGGAACCUAUUGCUGUCAUAAACAACCUAAAACCAUUUUCGAGCUACACCAUACAAGUUGCGGUGAAAAACUACUAUUCAGAUCAAAACCAUCUGGCUCUAGGUGGGGAGACAAUUGGCACAACUCUAUGUGGAGUACCAGAGGGAGUUGAUUCCAUUAAGGCAGUGGUUUUGUCUGACACAACUAUCAACAUAUCUUGGAGUGAGCCUCUGGAGCCAAAUGGACCUCUAGAAUCCAUCCGCUAUCAAGUCUCUGUCAAUUUAUUGUCUUUGUUCCCAGAAGCUCCCUUGAGAAAAAGUGAAUUUCCAAAUGGGACACUUUCAUGGACUGUCAGUGAUCUCCAGUCUGGAACAAACAAUUUGUUCAAGGUUCUUGCUUUUCAUCCCAAUGAGAACUGGUUUUCUGAAAGCGUCCCUGUUACUGCAAAAACUUUUGAGUCUCCACUUUCACCUUCCAAAAUAAUCCCCAGAAAUACCAGUUUCCAGCUAGAAUGGAGAGCUCCUCUGCACAUCAAUGGAACCAGCUUCUGGUUUGAGCUGCGUAAGUGGCAAACAAGAAGUGACUGGUUUUCUCCUGCAAGCACUACAUGCACUAUAGGCCCUGUUUACACAUGCAAUCUCACAGGAACUCUUCCUUCUGCCAAUUAUCUUGUAAGAGCAACAGUAGUAUAUGUUACAGGAAUGAAAAGCACUUCCUUUCCAACAAGCUUUAAAACUACAGCUGGUGUUCCCAGUAAGCCAGGAACGCCCAAAAGAGCAGAAGACUCUAUAAACUCUGUACAGUGGGAAAAGGCUGAAGACAAUGGAAGCAACCUCACUUACUACAUCUUAGAAAGCAGGAAGCAGUCUGGCAACACCAACAGAGUGAAGUCCUCAUGGGUGGUGGUUUACAAUGGUUCUUGUGACAGCAUUUGCACAUGGAAGGCCGAGAACAUAGAAGGAACUUUUCAAUUCAGAGUAGCAGCUGCAAAUAUGCUGGGGCUUGGUGAAUACAGUGACACAAGCAAAGACAUUGUGUUGGCUAAAGAUACUGUGACCUCUCCAGAUAUCACUGCUAUUGUUGCUGUGAUUGGAGCAGUUGUACUGGGCUUGACUAUGAUCAUAUUGUUUGGUUUUGUAUGGCACCAAAGAUGGAAAUCAAGAAAACCAACCUUAACUGGGCAGAUAGUGCUUGUCAAGGAAGAUAAAGAAUUAGCUCAACUCAGGGGAAUGGCUGAGACAGUGGGGUUAGCCAAUGCUUGUUAUGCUGUCAGCACUCUUCCUUCUCAAGCAGAGAUUGAGUCAUUGCCAGCUUUUCCUCGGGACAAAUUGAACCUACAUAAGUUGUUAGGAAGUGGAGCAUUUGGAGAGGUAUAUGAAGGGACUGCACUAGAUAUCCUGGCAGAUGGAAGUGGGGAAUCCAAAGUAGCAGUCAAGACUUUGAAGAGGGGUGCAACAGACCAAGAGAAGAGUGAAUUCUUGAAGGAGGCACACUUAAUGAGUAAAUUUGAUCAUCCCCACAUUCUGAAGCUACUCGGCGUGUGCCUCUUAAAUGAACCUCAGUACCUUAUACUGGAACUGAUGGAAGGAGGAGAUCUGCUUAGCUAUUUACGAGGAGCCAGAAAGCAAAAGUUCCAGAGUCCCUUACUGACACUGACUGACCUCUUGGAUAUAUGCUUGGAUAUUUGCAAAGGUUGUGUCUAUUUAGAGAAAAUGCGUUUCAUACACAGGGACCUGGCUGCUCGCAACUGCCUUGUGUCUGAGAAGCGAUACGGGAGCUGCUCCCGAGUGGUAAAGAUUGGCGAUUUUGGACUUGCCAGAGAUAUCUAUAAAAAUGAUUACUACAGGAAAAGAGGAGAAGGCCUGCUCCCUGUCAGAUGGAUGGCUCCUGAAAGUCUCAUCGAUGGCGUGUUUACAAAUCGCUCUGAUGUUUGGGCUUAUGGAGUCUUAGUGUGGGAAACAUUAACUUUGGGUCAACAGCCAUAUCCAGGUCUCUCCAAUAUAGAAGUUUUACACCAUGUACGAUCAGGAGGAAGGCUGGAAUCUCCGAACAACUGUCCUGAUGACAUACGUGAUUUAAUGACACGAUGCUGGGCCCAAGAUCCUCACGACAGACCAACUUUCUUUUAUAUUCAGCACAAACUGCAGGAGAUAAGGCACUCUCCACUGUGCUUCAGCUACUUCCUUGAAGACAAAGAGUCGGUGGCUGGAUUCAUCAACAAAGCUUUUGAGGAUAUUGAUGUUCCACCUGCAGAUUCAGACAGCAUUCUUUCAACCACUCUAAUGGAAGCAAGGGAUCAAGAAGGCCUAAAUUAUUUGGUAGUAGUCAAAGAAAGCAACCAAGAUCAAAGUAGCAUCAGCUCUGCAGAAUUUACUUCUGUCUAA